UUUAAAAAAAGUCACGUUGAAACAUCUCUAAUCGGCAGACCCUAAAAAUAUGUACUACAAAUCCUGCAUUUUCCUCUAUUUCUUCAUUCUCUGCACCCAAGACACCUCCAUCACAGGCACAUUUGUCUCUUCACAAUACUCAACAACUUUUCUUGAAACAACCCUUUUUUCAGCUCUCUGCUGUGUGUAUUUUCUUGUUUUAUGAGCUCCAUUUUCUACUCCCCAUAAGCCCUCACUAGUGUUUUUAUUUUUAACCCAUUAUAUUAUGAGCCUGUCUGUGAGUUACCAUUAGCCAAGCUACCAAAACAAUGGUGUUCAAAAUUUUGUUCGUUGCAAUUUUAUUUGGUUUCUUAAUAUUUGUUGAUGGAAAUAAUAAUCACAAUGGCUCUGAGUAUAGUGUGAUGAAAUUGCCGGAGCAUGUGAGUUUCAAUGCUGUGACUUCUCCUCCUGGUUGUCACCAGGGGAUGUUGAAAAAUGAUGAUGAGAAUGAAAGGAACAGGGGAAAAAACCCUGUUAAGCUUCACCUGAAGCACCGCUCGAGUUAUCGGAGAAUCAAGAUUAAAGAAUCUGUGACUGAGUCAACAUCAAGAGACUUGAACAGAAUUCAGACUCUGUCUAUGAGGAUCAUGGAGAAGAAGAAUCAGAAUCAGGUUGCAAGAAUGAAUAAAAAGGCUGUGGUGGAAACAAGGCCAGCUGUUUUGCCGGCGGUUUUGUCGGAGCCCGGUGAUUCUGGGCAGCUAAUGGCGACUCUUGAGUCAGGGGUGAGUCUUGGGUCAGGGGAGUAUUUUAUUGAUGUGUUUAUUGGUAAACCUCCGAAGCAUUUCUCUUUGAUUCUUGAUACUGGUAGUGAUCUUAAUUGGAUUCAGUGUGUGCCAUGUUAUGAUUGUUUUGAGCAAAAUGGUCCUUAUUAUAAUCCGAAAGAUUCUGGUUCUUUUCGGAAUAUUAGCUGCCAUGAUCCUAGAUGUCAGCUUGUGUCGUCCCCUGAUCCGCCGCAGCCUUGUAAGGAUGAGAGCCAGACUUGCCCUUAUUAUUAUUGGUAUGGAGAUAGUUCCAACACUACCGGGGAUUUUGCACUUGAGACCUUUACAGUGAAUUUAACUACGGUCACCGGGGAGUCUGAGUUUAAGGAGGUUGAGAAUUUGAUGUUCGGCUGUGGACAUUGGAACAGAGGUUUGUUUCACGGAGCUGCAGGAUUGUUAGGCCUUGGCAGAGGGCCUCUAUCGUUUGCUUCUCAACUGCAAUCGUUGUAUGGUCACUCGUUUUCGUAUUGUCUUGUGGAUAGGAAUAGUGAUCCGAGUGUUAGUAGCAAGUUGAUUUUUGGCGAGGAUAAGGAUUUGCUAAGCCACAAGGAGCUGAAUUUCACUAAAUUGAUGCCAGGGAAAGAGAACCCUGUCGAUACAUUUUAUUACGUGGAAAUAAAAUCAAUUUUAGUAGGCGGAGAAGUGUUAAGUAUUCCAGCUGAUACUUGGAGUCUGACAGCUGAAGGCGCUGGAGGAACGAUAGUUGAUUCGGGUACUACAUUGAGUUAUUUUUCUGAUCCUGCCUACAAAGCAAUCAAAGAUGCAUUUGUGGAGAAGGUGAAGAAUUAUCAAGUUAUCGACGAUUUCCCUAUACUUCAUCCUUGUUACAAUGUGUCAGGAGUGGAGGAACUAGAGUUGCCAGCAUUUGGAAUCCAAUUCAGUGAUGGGGCAGUCUGGAAUUUCCCUGUCGAGAACUACUUCAUCAGGCUUGAUCCUGAGGAGAUUGUUUGUCUGGCGAUUCUCGGGACUCCUCGGUCUGCAAUGUCGAUAAUCGGGAAUUAUCAGCAGCAGAAUUUUCACAUACUGUAUGACACGAAAAACUCGAGGCUAGGGUUUGCACCUAGAAGAUGUGCUGAUCUCUGAUGCAUAUUGUCUAAAUAGAAAUGUAGGAGUAAAGCUGUAUACAUUUUGGGUUUAGUGGGAGCAAUUAGCACUUUUCCAUCCCAAAACGAGGUAAAAAUAUAUAUAUAUACAUGACACCAAUUUUUAGCUGUA